AUGAUCUCUCUCAAAUGGGCGCUGACGUUUGUUUUCGUCGUGAGCUUCGCUGUCUUCGUCACCUUUUUCGGGAGACUGCCUAUUUUUCGACGAACCCCCAUCGGGCUCUUACACCGUCUGAUAUGGAUCCAUAUCCCCAACACGCUCCUGUCUAUAGACAAUAGACUUGCCUCAGGAAGGGUCACAAGGUCCCUGUCUCGCGUCGGGGACCUUGUGAUGCAUGAGCGGCACCCAACUGUAGUUAUAUUCUUCCUCGCCCUGAUGAUAGGCGGGGAAUAUCUGUAUCUCCCGUCUACAUGGCACCGCCUCGGCCCUUUCACCAAACUCACCGUCAUCAUCGCCGUCGUCCUCCCCUACUUGUUCCUCUAUCUGUCUUGCGUUACCAACCCGGGCUACAUCACCGAGGAAAACCACUCCUACCACAUGUCGCUCUACCCAUAUGACCACGCGCUUUUCCACCCUGGGGCCGCGUGUAAAACUUGUAGAUUCCUCAAACCACCGCGCUCAAAGCAUUGCAGUUUAUGCAAGCGGUGCGUAGCAAAGGCCGACCACCACUGUAUAUUCAUCAACUCGUGCGUGGGAUACGGCAAUCAGCACUGGUUCAUACUGCUCCUCGUCUCAACCGCUGUUCUGUGCACGUACGGCGGUCUUCUCGGUGCCUCGCUCCUCUCUUCGUCGAUUAAACAACAAGUCGUCGACUGGUCGCCAUGGUCGCCGUUGAAGCACGGAUGGGCCAUGUACGUUGUCAUCUGGGGCUGGGGCAUCCAGACAAACAUCGGUCUGGGCGCCACGACGCUGCUGGCCGCCUUGAGCGCCCCCUUGGUUUGGGGUCUUGUCAUAUACACAAUGUAUCUUGUGUACUGCGGCACAACAACAAACGAAUCGUUCAAGUGGUCCGUCUACAAGGACGAUAUGGAAGAUGGCUAUGCCUUUCGUCGACUCAUGCCCCUGAAGCGAGAGAGGGAUCUCGUCCAAGAGCCCAUCUGUCGUAGGUGGCCGGCUGAACCGGAGAUGGUUUUGGCAGCAACAGAUGACGGGAGACCUCCGCCGGCACAGAGUGCGCUAGCUGGCGAGGGCGAUUGGGAAAGAGUGUGGAAGUUGAAAAAUGUGGAAAAUCUUUACGAUUUAGGACUCUGGCAUAAUCUGAGAGAUGUUUUUGUCAGAGACUGCGCAUUUGGGGUGAGGGCAGACGAUCCGCCAUCUGAACGGGGGAUGCGGAGGAACUUCUCCAAGAGUAAAUAG